AUGCUGACCGAACCGUACGGCGCCAUGUCGAUGGGCUCAGACGUCCGAGAUCUGAGUCUCCUGUCUCCAAGUCCCCAGGUGUCCUCCCUAGGUGGGGCAGGAGGGGGCUGCGGACAAUGGCCGCCACUGUUGGAUCUCCAUCCCGGCUCUCCCUACAACUCCCUGCCCUCCCACCACUCCCUCAUCAAGCAGGAGCCCAACUGGGGGACAGCUGACCCAAUGGAGGAUCCCCACUGUGGACUCGGGGCCUUCACGUUGCACUUCUCGGGUCAGUUCACAGGCUCGGGCCCUUGCCGGGUCGGGGCUUUCGGUGAGCCGGCAGCGGGCCAGCCCAGAGUUUUUCCCAGUGGAACCUACCUCCCCAGCUGUAUGGACAGUCCUCCUGCACCCAGGAACCAAGGUUAUGGCACGAUGGGCUUAGAUGGGAACCCCAGUUACGCUCACACGCCAUCUCACCACACCCCUCAGCUCUCCAGCCUAUCCUUCAAGCACGAGGACACACUGUCGCCACCAAACAACAUUGUUGAGCAGCAAUAUCCUCCUCCUCCUCCUCCUAACCCUCCCGUGUUUGGGUGCCAUAAUCCUGCAGAAUCUUGCCCAAGCAACCAAGCACUACUGUUAAGAAACUACAACAGCUCUGACAACCUGUACCAAAUGGCAUCUCAGCUGGAAUGUGUCACGUGGAACCAGAUGAACACACUUGCAUCUUCGAUGAAAAGCCACACAACCAGCUACGACAGUGAACCGAUAGCACCGCCCCCACCUAUGCUGGUGAGCGCCCAGUACCACAUCCACACACAUGGCGUCUUCAGAGGGCUUCAGGAUGUAAGACGGGUUCCCAGCCUUGCUCCUCCAGUAAAGUCAUCCGAGCCCGGUGAGAAACGUCCUUUUGUGUGCGCACAUCCUGGCUGCAGCAAGAAGUACUUCAAGCUUUCACAUCUGCAGAUGCACGGACGAAAACACACGGGAGAAAAGCCGUACCAGUGUGAUGUCACAGAGUGCGGCCGCAGAUUUUCUCGCUCCGACCAGCUGAAGAGACACCAACGCAGACACACAGGAGUGAAGCCCUUUGAGUGCGAGACAUGCCAGCGAAAGUUUUCACGGUCAGACCACCUUAAGACUCACACUCGGACUCAUACAGGUAAAACAAGCGAGAAGCCAUUCAUGUGUCGCUGGUCCAACUGCCAGAAGAAGUUUGCCCGCUCCGACGAGCUGGUGCGCCACCACAGCAUGCACCAGAGGAACCUGACCAAGCUGCAGUCUGCCAUCUGA